AUGGCCUUUCCUGUGGACUCUGGCUCCACUCUGAGCCCUGGCCUUCAGCAGAGAGGAAACUGCAUCUCUAGCUACCGGACAGAUACCAUUCAUCCCAACAUGUCUCUGCUUGUAGGUUCUGAUGCCACCAUAGCCUAUGAUGGUGGCACUGCUGCAAGAUAUCCAUGUGCACCACAAUCAAACCAGGAACAAGCAGUACAUGGCAGCAGAGGGGAUGUUGUGGUGACCUGGUUGCACAGUUCCACAUAUUCUGGACAGCGCCCAAUAUGCCCCGCAUCGGGUGGCUCAUGUGUGGUGACAGGGGACACCCUGAUUGAUAUUGGCAGUGGCCCCACCAUCCACCAGCUCCUCUCUGCCUGUGAGUCCUUUAAGGAGAUUAUCGCUUCAGACUAUACAUACCGGAACCACUGGGAACUGGAGAAAUGGCUGAAGAAUGAGCCAGGAGCGUUUGACUGGACUCCAGUGGUGAAAUAUGUGUGUGAGCUAGAGGGAAACAGGGGAAAGGAGGCUGAGAAAGAGGCAAAAUUAAGGAAAAUCAUCAAACAGGUUCUAAAAUGUGAUGUCCACCAAAGCAACCCCAUGAAUCCAAUCGUCCUGCCUCCAGCUGACUGCCUGGUCUCAUCACUGUGCUUGGAAUGUGCUUGCAAAGAUCUGACCACUUAUCGCAUUGCUCUGAAGAACAUCGGCUCCCCGUUGAAGCCAGGAGGGCACUUGGUGCUGAGUGGAGUUCUGGGCUGCAGUUUCUACAUGGUUGGCCCUAAACCAAUGCAGUAUUUUCUCCAUCAAUGUUAA